UACAAGUUCGUGGAGGUCGAGCAGAGGGAGUCGGGCCAGAUGAGGAUCCACUCCAGCACUGGCAGGACCAACUGGUGGGGAAGGCCGCACGCGGCCUUGGCAGAGUACGCGAAGCUGGCGGGGAAGGGCAAAGGUAAAGCUGAGAAAGCCCAGAUCCGCCGAGGGUGUAGGAGACUGGCGCUCGAUGGGGUCCCCACAGCGGGCAGGAAAGCACCCGACACGGCCAAGCUGCACAGGAAGAUCUGGGGCCAGCGUAUCAGGAAGAUCGAAAAGGUGGGUUUUGACGUGCUCGACGGCAUGGUGCUCCAGGCCGCCAAGGAGGUGACAUUUUCCCUACGAGACGACUUACGGCGAGGUUUCCAGGAGUACGCGCUAUGGUUGACGAGCGCGGAAAGAUCGACACCGGAAGUGCUGUACAGGAUCACCAAAUUGUGGAGGAGGCGCCAUCACGAGUAUAUCAGGAGCGGGGUGAAGGUCUCGAGCCAGAUGGAGAGCGCGGGCCUGAAGGCCAUGCACUUCGAGGCCAUGUGGAAGGACAGCACCAGCCACUUGGACGCUGUCGAGGUGUUGAACGACCUCAGGGAAACCGCGAAGGAGGCAUUCGUGAGGAUCUACAACAGCUGCGAGGAGAAGAUUGCGCGGCCAUGGCAGGUGCUGCAGGCCCUGAUCAUGCGACCACCGAAGGACGGCGAGAAGCAGGACAGCGCCGCCUUGACGGGCGGAGGAGACCGCGCGCUGGCACUGCUGGUUCGCCAGGACCUGGGAGCUGUUCGACUCGAGCAGGUCAGGCGCUGGGCGAGGGGCGUGGAGGGGGACUCCGACGCGUUGCACGCAGGGAACUCCUGCCCGCGGGAGGCCGCGGCGAGGGCGCUGGGCGACGAGACCUCGCAGGAGCUGGGCGCGCACUCGGCGGGCGCGCUGGCGGGCGCCAAGAGGUUCCAUGACUCGCCAGCGUUUGCCACGGUGGCCAGGUGCGGGAAGCUGCAGCCCAGGGCGUGGUUCGACGACAUCGGGCCGCGGGCAGCAGGCAGCUUCAAGACGGUGAAGGAGGGCAUCGUGGAGGCGGCGAAGACCCUGAAGGAGGCGCGGGAGAUGGAAGGACUCACAGCGACAAGCAAGUCAGUCAUCUUAUCGGCGGACUUCAGCACGACGAAGCAGGCGGCGAAAGAGCUCAGCGAUGCAAGUGUCAUACUGAAG